AUGAUAUCAAGAAUCAAAAAUAUUUAUGCAGAAUUUCAAUCUCGUAGAGGUAUCAUCAACAAUGACUCUGCUUCAGUUUCAUCAGCUCCCGGAACAAAUGAAGAACCAACUACUGUAGAAAUAAUCGACACAAACCCACCAUCAGAGUUUGGACUAGUAGACAAGCAACGUCACUUUGGAAUUCUCCGUUACACCGUGACCAAUCGAUUCCGUAAACUUUUGCUGAUUGCAUUAGUUAACUUAGUUGUUGUUUUUGCCGCGUUGAUUAUUUUUGUCUUUUUUCUGAUUCUUCAUUUGAACAAAAAACAUGAAGACAUUCAUAUUAGUUCUACGUCGCAUAAUCAUUUGGAAACCACGACUACUUCUACACCAACUACUUCUGCACAAACAACAAAAACUGAUACAACAUCUCACUCAUAUUCCUGUGUCACUACGACAGAACUUUUCGAUAAUACUGCGGCAAAAUCUGUCGACGAUACUGGUUGUUCACCAAAUCAGAAGUCUACAUUUUUCUUUGCGUAUUCCUAUGAUUUGACAAUAGAUCAAGUGUUGAAUACAUGGCAAUCCAUUUCAAAUAACUCAAAUUUCUUUUUUGAAAAGUAUGCAUUAGGAAUAUUUGAUAUGAUGAACAGCAACAAUAAUAUCACGUUUUCAACAUUUGAUUCAAGAGACAGUUUCUGUGGAAUAUAUGAUACGUUAUUGAGCGGUCUCCCGAAUUCAACAGAGUCGUUGAAAGACCCGUCAGAGGGUGGUGGAGUAUUGAGUAUUAUUGAUAUCUUCUUCUUUGAGGAUAUUACCCAUUGUGGAGCAACUCUUUUUAUUAUCACGAAACGACUUCCUACAGACGACAAUAUCACUGACUUAGUAUCCAUGCUCCAAAAAUAUCAUACUUAUGUCACAUUCGUUGUAUCUAAUAACUCAUUUGGUGGGUCGUCACCAGAAUCAAUGUACAGAUUAGCUAGUGAAACUAAUGGACUCUGUAUAUUCACGGACGAUGAUAGAAUUCAAGAGACACCCACUUGGCUACCAUCUAUUUGGCCUUCAUACUUGGUGUAUUCAUUCAAUGCAAACGUUACAAAUUCUGGAUCUGUGACUCUUCCAAUUUUCAAUUCUCCGCUGGUUGGGUAUUACUACAUCUGCAUGACUCUACAGGACCAUGGGUCCCUAGAUACGUUUAGAAUGGUCAAGUUAACUUGGUAUAAUGCGAAAUCAUCAAAAUCAGGAUAUUUUGAAGAGACUGUUGAGUCACAUGCUGAUUAUGGGAACACCACGUAUGUCAAAAAUGGUCCGUACACAUUGGACGCUGUCCCUUACAACAUGACACUUGAAUUCGAGUACUCAGAUGAUAAAAUCAAAAUUCUUCAAAUCAGAAUAUACAGUGUUAGCGCCGCUGACUUCUGGGUACCAUACAACAAUUAA